AUGGCCGCUUCAGCUCGAGGGAUCAAUCUCGGCCAUCUUCUUGAAUCGGGCCAAUUCUCUGAUUUGACCUUGGUCUGCGGCGACAAACAGUUCAAUGUGCACAAAGCAGUCGUGUGUGCACAAUGCCGGGUUCUUGCUGCCGCGAUUCGAGAGCCAUUUCAAGCAUCCAAGACGGGGAAAAUCGUAAUUGAGGAAUAUGACACAGAUACCGUCGAAAAGAUGGUCGAGUUUCUCUACACUGGUGACUACAAGCCGCAGUUUCAUCAAGAUGCAGAGACAAACGAUGACGAGGUGCCAGAAGAGGACCCGGUGCAGCACGUACUGGUAAACUCUAUUGCCGACUACUACGACAUCAAAGCGCUCGCAGACCUCAGCAAAGAGAAACUCCAACACGCAUUGCGAGACGCAAACAAGUCGCACCUGCUCGAGGCAGCCACGGUGGCGUUGAGCAGAACCGGAGACACCACAGUACAUGCCAUGCUGGCCGAGGAAAUCGCCAAAAACAUAAGACAACAUCUCGAGUCUGGUGAGCUGGCUGCGCUCGUCGGCGGAUUCGCCAUUGAGAUUGUCAACAGAGUCGUUGCAGCGGAUGAUGAAUCGCGAUUACUUUACAAAGCGAAGCUUGCCGAUGCUGAGAUAGACUCUGAAAGGGAAAGGGAAGAGCGCAAGCAGAUACAGGCAAACUUCGACAACUGCCCUGAAGCAUCACGAAGGGUCAAGCCCGCCCAAGUCUUGCGGCCAACUUUGGCCGUCACCAUUGUCCCUGCGGGACAUGCUGCACGUACCUAG